AGGUCAAGAAAAAUCAAAAUUAAAAUGGCGCCAAUAGCAGGGGUUUGCUUGCAGCACAUCGCGAGGGAGGCGGAUGAUCCACACGCCAUGGCGCUCUUCUACCAAGAGGUUCUAGGGUUCAAUCGGUUGGAGACUCCGAAUUUUGGCGCCAUGACCGUGAUUUGGAUGUCGCUGCCACCGUCGCAUUCGCUGCAUUUGAUCGGUCGUGAAUCCAAGCGCUCUACAAGCUCGAGGAAAGAUCCAAGUGUGCUUCCCAAAAGCGAUCACUUAGCAUUUCGUGUCGAAAAUUACAAUGCCGCAGUCCAGCUUAUAAAGGACAGGGGUAUCGAGAUCUUCGAAAAGACGCAGCAAGACGGGAAGAUCAAACAAGCUUUUUUCUAUGAUCCGGAGGGAAACGGAAUUGAAAUAGGAAAUUGGCCAGCUUAGCAAAUGUGUUUUCCAGAAUGAUAUUCGCCUUUAAUUAGUUUGUAAUCAGGGUUUAUCGUUAUAAAAAAAUGUGAUGUUGGAGUAAAA